CGGGACAGUCCUAUGCUUACCUAGCGCCCCUAUCCACCAUAUUUUCUGACGGACUCUAGCCUGGUUUUUCACCGAAAACCAUAUGGAAAUGGCCGGAGACCUCCAGGGAACCUAGGUGUCCUUGCUUCGGCUGAGCCUGGGCUAACGCGCGAGCGCGGCGGGACUAUCCUAGCAGGUGUUCCCGGAGAGAGGCGAUGGCGUCUAGUAGUAACUGGCUGUCUGGAGUGAAUGUCGUGCUUGUGAUGGCGUACGGGAGCCUGGUAUUCGUACUGCUGUUUAUUUUUGUGAAGAGACAAAUCAUGCGCUUUGCAAUGAAAUCUAGAAGGGGACCCCAUGUCCCUGUGGGACACAAUGCCCCCAAGGACUUAAAAGAGGAGAUCGAUAUUCGACUCUCCAGGGUUCAGGAUAUCAAGUAUGAACCUCAGCUUCUUGCAGAUGAUGAUACCAGACUACUGCAGCUGGAAACCCAGGGGAAUCAAAGUUGCUACAACUAUCUAUACAGGAUGAAAGCUCUAGAUGCCAUCCGUGCCUCUGAGAUCCCGUUUCAUGGUGAAGGCCGGCAUCCCUGUUCUUUAAUGGGUAAGAAUUUCCGCUCCUACUUGCUAGAUCUUCGAAACACUAGCACUCCUUUCAAGGGUGUUCGAAAGGCCCUCAUUGAUACCCUCCUGGAUGGAUACGAGACAGCCCGCUAUGGGACAGGGGUCUUUGGCCAGAGUGAGUACUUGCGAUAUCAGGAGGCCUUAAGUGAGCUGGCCACUGUAGUCAAAGCACGAAUUGGGAGUUCUCAGAGACAACACCAGUCAGCGGCCAAAGACCUAACUCAGUCACCUGAAAUGUCACCAACAACCAUCCAGGUCACAUACCUGCCCUCCAGCCAGAAGAGCAAACGCCCUAAGCACUUCCUCGAACUGAAGAGCUUUAAAGACAACUACAACACCCUAGAGAGCACUCUGUGAUGGAGCUACAUACAUGCCAUCUGUGUGGCCCUCGGGAUAUCUGGUUCUGCAGACCCAGACUUUAUUGGCCAAAGCAUUCUUACAGAAUUGUGUCUAAAAGACCAUUCCCAACCCUUUCUUAUAUUGGCUAAGACUUCAGUAUCUCCCAUUAGCACUUCUGGAUUUGAAUUGAAAUGUCAUUCUUAACAUUUCUGUUGAAGCUUCCUUGAAAAUCUUCGCUUGAUUUUGGCUGUAAUUCACCUACCCUGUUCAGUGCUGUUUAAUCCCAAAGAUGUAAUUUGAGGACAUAGGGCGUGGAGUGUCGCUGCCAGUAACUGAUUGGACUGUAUGUCUGGAUCUAAACUACUGAUUGUCUGAAAUUCCAACAGAAGAAAUCCUGAAAUAGGGAAUGUGUGAAUUUGCAAAGAGCAGUGGCACUGAAGAAGACUGUCAACAGGUGGCGGAAUUUUCAUACACACUGUAUGUGGCAGAUGACAUUGGACCAACGGAGAAACCUAUAUGCUGCCCUAAGGAUGAAGGAUACUGUGGAAAAGGAAUUAGCACUGUCCAACAAACAGCUACUGGUGGUCCGUCAAGCUGCCUUACACGAGCUGUUUGAAAAGGAAUAUCAACAGUACCAGCGGGAACUCAAUCGGAUGGGCAAAGCUUUUUAUGAGGAGAGACUCUGACAGCUGCUGAAACAUCGUUCUUCCAUCUCGCUGUGCCUGCCACCCAGCCUUCAUUCUUUACCUUGAGCUUCCCAAAACAUGCCUUUUUCACUGUAAUGUCAACUUAAAUGUUGCCUCUGGAAACAAGAGUGACACCUUGUGGUCAGUGUGGGAUAUGCACUUUUGUCGGGGGAUAGUAUGUACAGUGGAUUUAAAAAUCUGAUUUGGUUUAACAAAUAAAGCUAGUUCUUAAAGGUUCA